AUGUGGGUCGCUCUCCUGGUCGUGUCCUCUCUCCUGUCCUCCACCUCUGCAGAGUGGGGUAGAGAGGAUUGCACCGUCGUGGAUUAUGACUGCGACGCCAAACCGUAUUUGUGCCAAGAAUCAUGCAGAGCCAAGGCCGCCUCAAUGGGCAGUUGGAACUUCGAUCAUUACUACAAGGAUAACCUGAUUCUGCAGCCGAAGGCGUGCUGCUGCAUCGGAUGCAAUACUGUUAGCAUAGAUUGGCUAACCUGGUCGUUCCCACAAGAUUAUGUUGCAAUUAGGCUCAGCAUGGAUAAAUCUGUUGUGUGGAGAUCUUUAAUGUCCUGGGUUUAUGACAAGAGAAUGACAUUUCAGAUAAGAGGGCAAUGGGGAGGCCGAGAAAGGCGGAUAUACCAACAAUGA